AGUGGCUAUUGUGUAAGAUAACUAUUCUUUCUUUUUCUUCUUUUUUUCCGACGACCUACUCCGGCCAAUCAAAUUCAAAUCAGUCUCUCUGUCUCUGUGAGUGAAAGGAUAUCCUCGUAUGGAUUCAAUAGUGAGUGAAGUGGUGAUCAACGUAUGAAACUGAUUGCGUAAGCAAGUACGCAUCACGUGGUUGGUAGAGAGGGACAAAGUUAACUCAGAAAAGACCAAAACAAAAGGAAACAGGUGCUAGUGCGAUCCUUUCAUUUGCAUAAACACAAUGACGUGGACUUGCUUAUGUCUUUUAGCUUUGUCAGUGAGAAUCAACUUCACCUUUGAUAGAGGCAAAGCGUUUUGCUCCCUUUUUUUUUGAUUUCUAAUUGAUUCAUCUGUGUUGCUGCUUCUACAAUGGCCGUCUCCAUUGGGAGCCUACCAUGGUGUGACGUUGACUCUUCUUGCUUCCAAAGAAGCGUCAUAUAUCUCAUUAAUCUACUGUUCCUGUGCAUCUUCUACUUGCUCUUGGCAGCUAGUUGUGUUUCCAAACAGUUUACUAUCAGGAGCCGCAACAAAGGAUGGACCUUUGUCGCUGCAGCUAUAUGCUGUCUUGUUACUAGCAUCACUUUCAUUGGUGCUGGUUUAAAAUUUCUGAUUGAUGGUGCUAAUAACGUCUUUUGGGUCUCUUGCGUUGUUCAAGGCAUCAUUUGUCUCUCACUUGCGGCUUCUCCGUUUGUUCAAGGGAUCUCAAAAUGGAUUAACAUCGUUACAUCUGUUUGGUGGGUGUCUUUUGCUUUGUUGGAUUCAGCUGAAAAGAUUGAGAUACUUUCACAGGGAGAAGGCAUCAGAGUAUUAGACAUCAUAACAUGGCCUGUGAGCCUUAUGCUUCUUAUUUGCUCCUUCAUAUCUCUCAAAGCCUCUCCAGCUCCUCAAGAUUUCAGUGAAACAGGUCUUUCUGAUCCUUUAUUAACUGAAAAACCGGCGAGGUUGGCCACAGCUGGGUUUUUCAGCAUCUUGACAUUCUCUUGGAUGAAUCCUUUACUCUUGGCUGGUUUCAAGAAACCAUUGUCCUCAGAAGACAUCCCUAGUAUACUCCCAGAGGAUGAGGCUAAGUUAGCUUACACUAAAUUCUCUCAAGCAUGGGAUACACUUCUCGCGGAAGGAAGCUUAACUAAGGAAAGAAACUUGGUGUUUAGAGCCAUUGCAAAAGUUUACUUCAAGGAGAACAUAUUCACAGCAGUUUGCGCCUUAUUCAGAACCAUUGCUGUUGUAUCUCUUCCACUAAUGCUAUACGUCUUUGUGAACUAUGCAAACAGUGACCACCGUGAUCUCCGUAUUGGUCUCUUCAACUUAUCUUGUCUAGUUUUGCUGAAGCUAGUUGAAUCCUUGUCAAUGAGACACUGGUACUUUGCGGCAAGAAGAUCAGGGAUGAGGAUUAGAUCAGCUCUGAUGGUAGCUGCCUACAAAAAGCAGCUAAAGCUAUCAAGCUUGGGGAGGAAACAUCAUUCAUCUGGAGAGAUUGUGAACUACAUCGUGGUGGAUGCAUACCGUAUGGGAGAGUUCUUGUGGUGGUUCCACUCAGGAUGGAGCGUUACACUGCAGCUUUUGCUAUCUACAGUUGUUCUCUUUGGAGUGGUUGGAGCAGGAGCCUUUCCAGGUUUGAUUCUUCUUCUCCUCUGUGGUCUCCUUAACCUACCGUUUGCAAAGAUGCUGAAGAACAGCCAGACGCAGUUCAUGAUGGCGCAGGAUAAACGUCUGAGGUCAACCUCAGAGAUUCUGAACAGUAUGAAAGUCAUUAAGCUGCAGUCAUGGGAAGAGGAGUUCAAGAAACAGAUUGAGUCUUUCCGUGCUGAUGAGUUUAGAUGGUUGGCUAAGGCUCAAAUGACAAAGGCCUUUGGUACUUUCCUGUAUUGGCUGUCUCCAACAAUAGUUUCCGCUGUUAUCUUUGUGGCGUGUGGUUUGCUGAAGAGCGCUCCGCUGAACGCAAGCACCAUCUUCACUGUUUUAGCUACGCUGAGAGUUAUGUCAGAGCCUGUUAGGCUUAUACCUGAAGCUAUCUCCGCUAUCAUCCAAGUCAAUGUGUCUUUUGACAGGAUAAACAACUUCUUGCUUGGUGAUGAGCUGAAGAUUGAUGAAGUUGAAAGAAGUGUUCUGGAGAAAUCUGGAGAAGUAGUUGACAUACAAGCUGGCAACUUCAGCUGGGAUCCAGAGAUGACAAAGACUCCAACUCUAACGAAUAUAAGUUUGGACAUAAAUUGUGGGCAAACAGUUGCGGUUUGUGGACCAGUUGGUGCUGGAAAAUCUUCGUUGUUGCAUGCAUUACUCGGAGAGAUACCUAAAGUUUCUGGAACUGUAAAGGUCUCUGGGUCCAUAGCUUAUGUUUCUCAGACCUCUUGGAUCCAAAGUGGUACCAUAAGGGACAACAUCCUCUAUGGAAAGCCAAUGGAAGCCAGACGAUACAACGCUGCUAUUGCAGCAUGUGCGUUGGAUAAGGACUUAAAUGACUUUAGACAUGGUGAUCUCACAGAGAUAGGACAAAGAGGGCUUAACUUGAGUGGAGGACAAAAGCAAAGGAUUCAGUUGGCACGUGCCGUCUAUGCAGACGCUGAUGUUUACCUGCUUGAUGAUCCUUUUAGUGCUGUGGAUGCUCAUACUGCUGGAGUUCUUUUUCAUAAAUGUGUUGAGGACUCGCUGAGGGAGAAAACUGUCGUUCUGGUCACUCACCAAGUUGAAUUCCUCUCAGAAGUUGAUCAAAUUCUGGUUAUGGAAGAAGGAAGAAUCACUCAAUCAGGUAAGUAUGAGGAACUCUUAAUGAUGGGGACUGCAUUCCAACAGCUGGUGAAUGCUCAUAAUGAAAGCCUGGGAGAUUUUAAGCAAGGGGGUAUAAACAGAGAGAUGGGAGAUAUCAAUAUUGUCGAAAAAGUAAAAGAAGAAAUCAAAACAAUUGAUACAAGAGGGAUCCAACUUACACAAGAGGAAGAAGUAGAGUCAGGUUAUGUUGGAUUGAAACCUUUCUUGGACUACUUCCGUGUCUCCCAAGGAUGGUUUCUUCUAUCAGCAACCGUAUUGGGACAGGUUGGUUUUGUAGUUUUCCAGGCUGCAUCAACAUACUGGCUUGCAUUUUCUAUUGGGAUCCCUAAACUCUCAACUACGAUGGUUAUUGGCGUCUACAGCGUUAUCUCCACUCUCAGUGCUGGUUUUGUAUACUCCAGAGCUGUUACGACUGUCUAUCUUGGGCUAAAAGCUUCCAAAGCUUUCUUCUCUGGUUUCACAAAUGCAGUCUUCAAAGCUCCCAUGCUGUUCUUUGAUUCUACUCCAGUUGGACGCAUUCUCACCCGAGCCUCAUCUGAUAUGAACAUCUUGGACUUUGACAUUCCAUCUGCGUUCAUACUUGUUGUAGUACCUGCUGUUGAGCUCACUGCUGCUCUUAUCGUGAUGACAUAUGUUACAUGGCAAGUGAUUAUCAUAGCUCUUCUUGCUCUGGCAGCCACCAAAGUUGUUCAGGAUUACUAUCUAGCCUCUGCAAGGGAGCUGAUCAGGAUCAAUGGAACAACCAAAGCUCCAGUGAUGAAUUAUGCUGCAGAAACCUCACUUGGAGUUGUGACAAUAAGAGCUUUUGGAACGGUAGAUAGAUUCUUCAAAAGCUACCUAAACCUAGUGGAUGCAGAUGCGGCACUGUUCUUUCUGUCUAAUGCAGCCAUGGAAUGGGUCAUUAUGAGGAUAGAGAUUCUGCAGAAUGUGACUUUAUUCACCUGUGCACUACUGCUUAUCCUUAUUCCCAAGGGAUACAUAGCUCCAGGUUUAGUUGGGCUCUCACUCUCAUAUGCAUUAACAUUGACACAAACUCAGGUGUUUCUAACCAGAUGGUAUUGUACCUUAUCAAACUCCAUCAUUUCGGUAGAGAGGAUAAAACAGUAUAUGAGCAUACCAGAAGAACCUCCUGCGGUUGUGGACGGUAGAAGACCACCGUCCUCAUGGCCUUCUAAUGGUACCAUUCACUUGCAGGAGCUUAAGAUAAGAUACCGUCCCAAUGCUCCAUUGGUUCUCAAAGGAAUCUCUUGCACGUUCAGGGAAGGGACAAGAGUUGGAGUUGUGGGGAGAACAGGAAGUGGGAAAAGCACUUUGAUCAGUGCUUUAUUUCGUUUGGUAGAACCAGCAAGUGGUUGCAUAUUGAUUGAUGGUAUUGACAUAAGUAAGAUUGGUCUGAAGGACCUGAGGAUGAAACUCAGCAUCAUUCCUCAAGAGCCAACUCUUUUCCGUGGCUGCAUAAGGACCAACCUUGAUCCUUUAGGUGUUUACUCCGACGAUGAAAUCUGGAAGGCUCUCGAGAAGUGUCAGCUCAAGAUAACGAUCAGCAAUCUCCCUAAUAAACUUGAUUCAUCAGUGAGUGAGGAAGGAGAGAACUGGAGCGUGGGACAGAGACAGUUGUUCUGUCUGGGGAGAGUGCUGUUGAAGAGGAACAAAAUAUUGGUGUUAGAUGAAGCUACAGCUUCCAUUGAUUCAGCCACUGAUGCAAUCAUUCAGAAAACUAUAAGAGAGGAGUUUUCCGAGUGCACGGUGAUAACAGUUGCUCAUAGAGUACCAACGGUUAUAGAUUGUGACAUGGUCAUGGUUCUCUCAUUUGGUGAUAUUGUGGAGUACAACGAGCCUUGGAAGCUGAUGGAGACUGAUUCUUACUUCUCCAAGCUAGUUGCUGAGUAUUGGGCAAGUUGCAGAGGACAUUCUUCUCAGAAUCUUCAAGUCCACAUCUAAUAUCUUUUGCAAGUCUACUUGUAUCAGCUGCUACUGAAAUAGAAAUGUCUAAUAAUUCACAUUAUUAAAUAAAAAAUGUCAUUAUUAAAUAAAAGAAAGACACAAAAGCGAUGAUCACUAAUCAGAAACAGAGGAGUGACGUCAUUUUCCGAUAGAAAAUUAACAGAUAUUUACUUCCCCAGCCAUCCCUCUCCACGACUACAUCUUCCAAAACAGCUUUGAGCCUUUGAGUUUUCCGCUGAACGAUGCUUGAUCAACGGUACCACUGACUCCAUCUGGGAGAUAUUGAGGAAGGAUCUAAGAGCAAGACUAGCUAACGCAAUGUAAACUUUAAAAUGUAAUUAUUUUUCAGGCACUAGAGCAAAUAUUUUUACUGUAAGUUUCUUCUUUCUUUUGUUUUUCACAACGUUGAAAAAUAUAUACAUCUAAAAUUAUUAUUGAUAAUAAAAAAUAGUGGUGUUAAGAAAAAUAGUGGUGGUUUUUUUGGGUAUAGGGUUUCAAAUUUUAAAAAAUAAAAAAUUAAAAUUAAAAUUUUCAAAAUAAAAAAGAGUUAUUUUAAUCAUUUUCAAUGGCUAUUUUUGUGACAUAACCUUAAAAAUUGCUAUCUGACAGAAUUGUCCGAUAGUUAAUCACUAAAUUUUAAUAGGAGUAAACAAACAAAAAUAUUUAUCUUCUUAAAAUGGAGAAAGUACAAUAACGCGAAUUUGUUCUCUCCUUCCUCGCCAUUGCUUACCUCGGAGCCAUCUCUAUACCACUGCGAAUCCGUUUUACAUGGAGGCUGAGAUCACUAAACAGGCAAAAGCCUCCUCCGCGAAGAUGAUCAUUACGAACCGAUGCUACGUCGAUUAGCUAACAAACCUUCAAAACGUUUUGAUAGUUUGCGUAGACGACGCUGUUUCGUUAUUUAGCGGUUGCGUGAGCUUCACGGAACAAACUCAAGCGGACGAAACAGAGCUUCCUAAACCGGAGACCACGGGGCUUGCAAAGGGAGUGAUGAUUACUCAUAAGGGGUUAGUUACGAGCAUCGCUCAGAAAGUCGACGGAGAAAACUCUAAUUUCAACUUAACCGAACAUGACGUCAUCCUCUGUUUUCUCCCAAUGUUUCACACUUACGCGUUGAACUCGUUGAUUCUUCCUGCAAUUAGGCUGGUGCGGCAAUCUUGAUCGUUCCGAGGUUUGAGUUGAAUCUAGUGAUGGGGCUGAUUGAGAGGUACAAAGAACACGGUUUUUUCCAGUGGCUCCUCCGGUAGUUUUAGCGUUCGUUAAGUCCCCGGAGACUGAGAGAUAUGACCUGAUUUCCGUGAGGAUGAUGAUGUCAGCCGCGGCGACGCUUAGGAAGGAGCUCGAAGACGCCGUGCGCUGCAAGUUUCCAAUGCCAUAUUAGGGCAGGUUAGUUUUAAAUAGUAUCCUCACUUCUUCACAAAUAUUUUAUUAGUUUCUUCGUAAGUUUUAGUGCAACUGGACAUAGGGAUUCUAGCCUAAAAAUCUUCAAAAUCCAAGAAAUGGGAAUGUUGAUAUUGAUAUUUUGGGCCGGAAGAUGUGUAUCUUACGUACCAAGACUGCAAGCCCGUGAAAUCCAUCAAGACUCUAAGACUAAAAGGAAAGAUUUGAAGAAAAAUUUAGUCUCAAAUAUUCUUAACAUAUUUACAUUAAGUAUUUAAAAAAGUUAGUAUUAUCUAGUGGUGUGAACAUUAUAUUAAUGUUACCGUUAUAUAUAUGUAUCUUAUAUUCUCAUAUGAAACACAAUCAAUAAUAUUAUAUUCUAUGGUUAACGAUUCGUAGGAGAGUAAUAAUUUACUACUUGUAAAUGUACUUUGGGGUUAACGUGCAUCUGUCGUUGUAAUAUAAAUUCGUUGUAACAUUGUUACCUACCAAAAUCAAAAUUUUCCUAUAAAUAUGAUCUUCUCCCUCAUUCUUAAGAUGCACAAAAAAAAACGAAAAAAGUAAAAAAAAAUGCCUAGAAAUAUCUAUGAGCUUCGGAGUUGGAUGUAUGCGCAUAAAGAUUCAAGGGGAAGAGUAACAGAAGAAUUUCUCAACGGAGCAGAGAUGUUCAUGUACCAGGCCGGACAGACGUCUCUCACACUGGAAAUGGGUAAAAUGUUAUGUCCAUGUCGUAAAUGCAACAAUACCAAGUUUGAUGCUAGUGAAACGGUUUGGAAACAUAUAGUAAAUAGAGGAUUUACUCCACAUUACUAUAUCUGGUUUAACCACGGAAAAGGUGAUUAUAGGAAUGAAGCUAAUAGUAGUAAUCAGGUUGAAAAUGUUCGCAACAGAGAUGAACCACAUUUGUCUCCUGAAAGUUGUAACCUUCAGGAGGAUCAUAUGGUAGAUCAUGAUAGGAUGCAUGAUAUGGUUACAGAUGCAUUUCGUGAAACAAGAUCAGUAAUAGAGGAGGUAGAAAAUGUAGAGGGACCUAACUUGGAUGCAAAAAGAUUUUAUGAAAUGCUAGCAGCAGCUAAUGAGCCAAUUUAUGAAGGUUGUAGAGAAGGUAUUUCUAAAUUAUCAUUGGCAGCUAGGAUGAUGAAUAUCAAAACUGAUCAUAACUUACCUGAAGUUUGUAUGGAUGCAUCAGUUGUUUAAAGAGUAUUUGCAUGAAGAUAAUAUGUGUGAUGAAUCUUAUUAUGAGAUUCAGAAACUGGUUCAUAGCCUUGGCUUAUCUUCGGAGAUGAUUGAUGUGUGUAUGGACAAUUGUAUGAUAUACUGGGGAGAAAAUGCAGAAUUGUUAGAGUGUAAAUUUUGCAAAAAGCCACGAUAUAAACCGCAAGGACGUGGGCGUAAUAGGGUGUCGUACCAGCGGAUGUGGUACUUACCUAUUAAGGAUAGACUGAAGAGAUUAUAUCAAUCUGAAAAGACGACAGCAGCAAUGAGAUGACAUGCAGAACAUACGCAGAAGGAAGGUGAGAUCAAUCAUCCCUCUGAUGCAAAAGCGUGGAAACACUUGAAUUCGGUGUACCCUGAUUUUGUAAGCAACCCCCGCAACGUUUAUCUUGGACUCUGCACAGAUGGCUUUAGUCCAUUUGGAAUGUCUGGAAGACAAUAUUCCCUUUGGCCAGUCUUCUUGACGCCAUACAACCUUCCACCAGUGUAUGGAAAAGGAAUUGCUUUUCAUGAGUAUAUUGAUAACUGGGCCAAAGCAUCCGAAGAGGUCCCUUGAUGUUUUUCUACAGCCUUUGAUAGAAGAAUUGAAGGAAUUAUGGUCAACAGCCGUGCAGACAUAUGAUUGUUCAACGAGAACAAACUUUACAAUGCGAGCAGUCUUUUGUGAACCAUUAGUGACUUUCCUGCAUACGGGAUGUUGUCAUGUUGGACGACGCAUGGGAGGCUAUCUUGUCCUUAUUGUAUGGGAAGCACAAACACAUUUCAGAUGAAGAAUGGUAGGAAGACGUCUUGGUUUGAUUGUCAUCGGAGAUUUCUUCCCAUUAACCAUCCGAACCGAAGGAACAAGAAAUUGUUUCGGCCAAAAAGGGUUGUACGAGACACCGCUCCACCACAUUUAUCUGGAGAGGAAAUCGAGAAGGAUAUUGAUUACUAUGGUGGAUAUGACACAGUCAAGAAAGGGGGUAAUUGGCAUACUACUGCAAAUAUGUCUGCUGGUUACGGGACACAACAUAAUUGGCACAAGAAGAGUAUAUUUUGGGAACUUCUAUAUUGGAAAAAUCUACUUCUACACCACAAUCUUGAUGUGAUGCAUAUAGAGAAGAACUUCUUUGACAACAUCAUCAAUACAUUGUUGAACGUCCCCGGGAAGACAAAAGAUAACAAGAACUCAAGGUUGGAUUUGCUUACAUUAUGUUCUAGGAUUGAGCUGCAUAUUAGAAACGAUGGGAAAAUUUCGGUUCCCAUUUUCAGAUUGUCAGUAGAAGCAAAAGCAGCGUUGUUCAAGUGGGUGGCAUCAGAUGUGAAGUUUUAUGAUGGAUAUGUUUCCAAAUCUAUCAAAAUGUGUUGAUCAGCAGGGGCAAAUGUUUUCAGGGAUGAAGAGUCAUGACUGUCAUGUGUUUAUGCAACGACUUCUACCAUUUGCAUUUGCGGAGUUGCUUCCAAAAAAUGUUCACGAGGCACUUGCAGGUAACAAACAAAGUUAUUAUUACUUCUUGUUGGAAAAAAACUUAUAUAAAGUAUCUUACGUUGGCUUGUACAUUUGUAGGCAUCGGAAAUUUUUUCAGAGAUCUUAGCGCACGCACCUUAACUGUAGAUGUCAUCAGACAACUUGAUGAGAAUAUCUCGAUCUUGAUGUGCAACUUGGAGAAAAAAUUUCCUCCGUCAUUUUUUGACGUCAUGGAACAUUUAGUUGUCCACCUUCCGUACGAGGCAUUGCUUCGUAGACCUGUUCAUAAUGGAUGGAUGUAUCCUUACGAGCGAGCCAUGAAAUAUUUGAAAGGGAAAACAAAAAAUUUAGCUAGGGUGGAAGGUUCAAUAGUUGCUGGGAGUUUGAAUGAGGAAACAUCUCACUUCACGUCGUACUACAUUGGGUCCCAAGUCCAAACUUGGAAAACGACUAUGAGCAGAUAUGAUGAUGGUGGUGUUAUACCGACAUAUAUUGUUGAAGAUGUUCCAGACAUAUUUUGUCAGAUUAGACGUCUAGGUGGGAAACUUAAAGAAGUUUGGUGGUCGAGUACAGAUGACGCUCACAGUGCCCACACAUAUAUACUCCUUAACUGCGAGGAGAUUGAGUCAUUUGAAAGGUAAUUAAAAUUAAUUUGGCCGUUACAUUUUACCAGACAUAUGUAUAGUACUCUUUAAUGAUCAUAUAUAUUGGCAUAAAACAGCGAUUUCGUUGCCCAAGUCGAAGAAGCUAUACCAGGGAUAUCAACCAAUGAUCUCAACAAAAGGAAAGACCAACAUUUUGUGAAGUGGUUGAAAACGCAUGUAUACAACACAAUAAUUAAUUAAAGUUAUAUAUUAUUAUAUAAUUAAUUAAGUUAUAUAUUUAUAUAUAUGUUGAUGAUCCAGGUUGAUUAUGAUGAUCCAUUCUAUCAGUGGUUUCACGAAAUGAUACAAGGUCCGGUCGCUAAGGUCACCACAGCAUAUAUGUAUUUCACACGAGGUUACACUUUUCACACUUACGAAUAUGGAAGUCAGCGAGCAACAAUGAACUAUGGAGUACGUAUGAAAGGUGAAACUGAUUUCUAUGGAAUCUUACAAGAGAUCAUCGAAGUGGAGUUCCGCGGCCUGAUGAAGCUGAAAUGCGUUCUCUUCAAAUGUGACUGGUUUGACCCCACCGUCAAUAGAGGUGUUCGGUAUAGCAAGUUUGGAGUUGUUGAUAUAAAUUCUACAUGGAGGUACAACAAAUUUGAACUCUACAUAUUGGCAUCUCAAGCAGACCAAGUUUGUUUUAUUCCAUACCCAAGGAUUAGACAAUCUGGAAUAUCUUGGUUAGCCCCUAUAAAAGUUACACCUCGGGCCGAGUCUUGACAGAAGAACAACCGCCUUUAUAAGAAGAUGUCGUAAAUGAAGUAGAAGUACCUUAGCAAGCUACAAAUGAUAUCUUGCUUGUUGAUCCACACAACCAGGGAUAUGAAGAACUUCCAGACGAUGCAACAGAUGAAGCCAAUGAAGAUGAAUUUGAAGAAAAUGAUGAAGUGGAUGACGUUUCUGAUGAUGAGUGAUCGAAUUUGUGUUUUAUUAUAUUAUUAACUUAUUAGAUCAUGUUUGCUCAAUUAUAUAUGAACUUUGGGGUUUAGAAGUGUAUACAACUUAUGAUGUUUGUCGUUUGGGGUUUGGGGUUUCGGUUUUAGGGUAUAAACACAAAUCGAAGCUAAUUAGUCGUAACGUACGACUGAUUAACGACUAUUAUAAAAAGAGACGAAGUUAAUUAGUCGUAAGUUACGACUCAUUUACGACUAAUCUAAAACGAGUCGAAGCUAAUUAGUCGUAACGUACGACUGAUAAACGACAAUCAUAAAAAGAGACGAAGUUAAUUAGUCGUAAGUUACGACUCAUUUACGACUAAUCUAAAACGGGUCGAAGCUAACUGGUCGUAAACUACGACUCAUUUACGACUAAUAUAAAAUCAGUCGUAGCUAAUUGGUCGUAUCGUUGGUCCCUAAUUAGUCGUAAACCCUUUUGAAAUUUCCUAUAAAUACUCACCAUAUUGAUUCUCAAAACUCAAACUAUUUUUAGAAAUAUCUGAGAAAAAGAGAAGAGAGAUACUGAGAAACAAGUGGGCGGAGACAAGGCGAGACCUACGUAUAAACGUAGGUUUCGCUUUGUCUCUUCCCAUCUGUGAUUCCAGUAUAUUAUUUCUCUUUUUUUUUUAAUAUAACAACGGUAGUCCCUAAUUGGUCGUAAAGGUCUUCGUCCCACAUUGGUCGUAAAUUUACGUCUCGUUUACGAUUCUGAGUCGCUCAUUGGUCGUAAAAUAAAAAAUAUUUUUGUCCUUUAUUGGUCGUAACUUUAUUUGGUCUCCCAUUGGUCGUAAAUUUACGUCUCGUUUACGGCUCUUAGUCGUUCAUUGGUCGUAAUAUUACUACCCAUUUAUGAAUAUACCUAGACCUCGCGAAGCCAUUUGGUUGCUUAUUCUCUUCUCUCUAACAACGAUUUCCCUUCUCUCUCUAGGUAAUUUUUUUUUUUUAGUUUUAGGUGGUUAGUUAGGUGAUUAGAUUAGGUUUGGAAUUAGUUUAGGAUGGAAGUAGAUUAGGAUGGAGUUAGAUUAUGAUGGAAUUAGAAUAGGUUUAGAUUAUUUUUAUAUAAAAAAAAUAAAUUGUUUAUAACCAUCUAUUUUUUGUUUUUUUUUUCCAGAUUGACGAUAUUGCUAUGGUUGGCGGUAAACAAAGACUUAGGAACCUUGCGCCUAAAAACUCUUACGUGAGUACAUUUCUCCCACAGUUGGAUCCAUCAGCUUCUACUUCCGGCACUGCAUCCGGCCAAGAGAAUGUCCCUGAGAGCCAAGUUCCUACUGCUCCGUAUGUGCCUCCACAUGCAUAUGACCCUGAAGCUUACUAUCCCGAGUUUGAUGACCUUGCUCAAUUCUUCCCCAGUAUGAUGAGCCUCCACAGAAGCCUCGGUAUGAGGAGCAUCAUCCUCCACACCAUCCUCAAUAGUAGUACACUGCUUCCGAAGCUGCUCCGGCUCCUGCAGCUGCUCCGGCUCCUGCAGCAGUUCAUCCAGAUUUGAUGGUGCCACCGAAUGCACCAUAUGCAAGAUAUACAGUGGAAGACCUUCUCCAGAUGCCGGGACGAGAAGGUUUACCGCGCAUCGAUCCAGAUCGAUCACCCAACACUUACUGGUAAUUUUUAAUAUAUUAAAGUUUUAAUUGCAUUUAAAUAUACAUAUUAUACAUAUUUGUCUAAAUAUAUGUAUUUUUUCAAAUUUGUAGGUUUUUUACGGACAAUUGUGUGGGACAGAGCGUUGGAGAUAUCAUCAGGGCAAACUUCUGGGAAGUGCAUCCGAACUGGUCUCUUACACCUGACCACGUUCGGAGGACUUGGUUCAAGUGCUUCGUGGUUAGUUUUAAAUAUAAUUUUUUUUAUUGUUUAUUUAAAAAAUAAUAAUUUUUUUAAUUCAAUUUUUUUUAUUAAUGACUUUUUGUAGCAAAAAUGGAAUUGGUCCAUUGCUGUCAACGAAGCGGUGUACAAAAAGGUGAUGGCUCACCUAAAGAACAUUGUUGUUGAUUGGAAGGAGAAGUGGAGGGUUUUGGGGGACGACGCAAAAGAACCUUUCUCAUCAAUGACGUUUGGAAGGGCUUGGAGGCUUAUUGGAAUUUGCCUAAGUCAGUUCAAAGGUCUCUCACUUGCUCUACGGCUCGGUUGACCCGCGAUGAUGAUGGUAACCUGCCAAUACCUCAUACUUCCAGACAGAUUCCACACGUCGGGAGGGCACUACAAAUUGUAAGUCUUCGAUAUUUCUUAAUUUUUAUUAAAUAUAUAUUAAUUAAGUAUUUAUUGAAUGCGUGAGUUUAAUUUAAUUUUUUUUUUUAUACAGACUGCCUAAGAAGGAGCACCACCAUCUCUGGCCCGACUUUACAAGACGACACACCAGCAUUCUGAUGGCACCUUUUCGCAUCCUCGAGCAGAGAGGAUCUACAACACUGUUGAGGCUCGGAUCCACGAGGUCAAGACUCAGUUGUCGCAACAAAAUCCGGAAGGUGCACCGGUCCAGCUGUCCACCGUCGAACAAGACAAAAUUUUUGAGCAGGUCAAACAUUCGAUCUUUUAAAUAUAUGUUUAUUUACAUUUUUUUCUUUAAAUUAGUUUUACAUGAUAUGUACUAAUUAAUAUUUAUUUAUUAAUUGAAAGUUGCCCCGAAGAAAAGGGGACGUAUUGUCGGGAUCGGGUCUGUGAACGAUGUCCCGCGGGAGAGAGCUGAACACGCUGCAAGAAUGGAAGAAGAAUCUUCUCUCCGUAUCGAUUUGACAGCUGACAAAGAAGUCAUAGCCGACCACAGAGACAAAUUUGCGGUUAUGGCAAAUAUGUUUGAUAUGAUGAUAGAGACAAACCCAAAUGUCAAGCCGGCUCUUGCCUCUAGGUGGCAGUCUCUACGUCCGACCUUCAUCCCCGAGCCCACUCCGGAAGAGCAGGCGGAUUUAGAGCGACGUGCGGAUGAACAUAGUUCCGACCUCUUCGACGAAAUAAACCUUAACACUUAGUUUUUUUGGCUUUAAUUAAUUUGUAUUUUGAAUGUUUUAUAUUAUGGAUAUUAUUAUGUUUCCGGAUAUUAGAUAUUUUCUUUUAAUUUUAUCAAAUUAAAAAAAUUUAAAUCAAACUAAAUUAAAAUAUUUGAUUUUAAUUAAUAUAUAAAAUUCGUAAAUAAAUAUAAAAUUCGAAAAUAAAUAAAUAAAGUUGGUCAAAUUACGACCAAUGAACAUCUAACCUUGAUAUAAUGUGGUCGUUACAUUACAACGAAUAAACAUCGACAUAAGAGGUAUAUUGGUCGUAAAUUUACGACCAAUGUACAUCUAAUAAAUGAGACUUAAAUGUGCGUCACUUUUACGACUAAUUCUUUUACGAUUAACUUGCGACCAAUUUUCUGAGUCGUACGUGUACGUCUGAUUUACGACUAAUUCUAUUAGUUGUAAUAUUACGACCAAUGUGCCUCUAAUAAUUAUUUACGACCAGCUUCUAACGACCAUUUGAUUUUCGAAGUUAAUUAGUCGUAAAGCCCCUUUUACGACCAAAUAGUUACUAAUACUGUAGUCGUUAAGGUCAUGUUUUCUUGUAGUGCUUGACUGAUCCCAACCCUGAAGGGAACAUCACCAAGCCAAUACUAGAACAGCAACAUCAGAAACAAUCGCAAGGUCAAAUCUACAUCAACUCCAGCAGCUACUAUCCAUCCGACACUUGGAUGAACAAAAUCCAUCACUAAAACUAAGGUACAAGAACUAAAGAACUUGAAACGCCACUGGAAAAAACGUCAAAGAAGACCACCAGCUCUUACACGCUGACACUCGCAAAACAGCCAAGUGACCUACAGAACAAAGACUGCUCACCUCCUCGCAAGAGAAGAACUGAAGAACAAAUCAGUUUCUAGAACCAUAUCCCAAAUCCACAUAGGACAAGGAAAAAUCUAGUAAAUACCUCAACAGCGAACACAAAUCACAAAGACGAACCCAAAUAGUGAGCUUAGGUUGAGACGAUGAGACCAUGACCACUACAAGCGAAUUAAGAUGGGGUUUUUCACGGAUAUCAUUCCCAAAUCUCCAUCGGGGAAAAUAUUGAGAAAGCAUCUAAGAGCAAGACUAGUUAUAAUGGACUAAUGAACCAAAGUUAAAUUGGUCAAACACAUGCUCUUGUGAAUGGUUCACCAAACUUAAGCUUUAAAACUAGUGCUAAUUGCGAUGUCAGAGUACCAAUCUAUAUGAUUUUAUGUUGUCUCGUUAUGUGGUUUUGUUUGGUUGGUAGAAUUAUCACUAACAUUGUUGAUCACUCUAAAUUUAUUUUCAUGUGAUUAAUUUGAGUCUCUAUUCCAAAGACAUGAUAAUAACACUGUUAAACCAACAUCAUUGUAUAUCCAAACAAGUUUUUUGUCAUUCAGAUUUGGCAUCAUACUAAGAUACAACCAUAUUAAAAUUACAAGGAUUUAAUAGUUCCUACCAGAUUUAAUUCAAUAACGAGGACAAACACACAUAAGUUGAUAUGAUCCCCAUUGUCAUACAUGAUGUCAACAAUUAAACAUCUAAGAUUUACUUAUGGUCUUCAAACGCAAAACAAACAAAGAAGCUUUAGAUGUCUUAAGCUAAUGGUGUCACUACAAAAAAACAAGUUUGUUGCAAGGGAAGAAACUCUCGCAAUUCCCUUGCAAAUUGCGAUUUGCAAGGGAAUUGCGAUGGAAACAUUUUCGUCGCAAAUCCGUGCUCACAAAUAAAAAACACUCGCAAUUCCCUUACAAAUUUGCGAGGGAAAACGUUUCCAUGCGAGGAAAAACGUUUCCACGCAAAUUUGCAACGGAAGACGGUUCCUUGCAAAUUUGCGACGGAAAAGGGUUCGUUGCAAAUUGCGAUGGAAAAUGGUUUCUCACAAAUUUGCAAUAGAUUUAUGAAACACAGUUUCCUCGCAAAUGUUUUGAAAAAUAUUUUUAAAAAUAUAUAAUUUUCGCUAUUUUUGACAUUAUUAAAAAUUAAAAAAUUAUAAAUCACAAAAUACAAUGGAAAUAUAUAAUACAUUGAUUUUUUUUUACAAAAUAAUUGAAUUUGGUUUACAAAUAAAAGUUAGGUUUACAAUUAAAUCCGGUUGACAAACUAAACCAGAAUUAAAAAAAGAAGAAGAAGUAAAACCAGAAAAAAUACUAAACCUAAUCUUCAAGCUUUAAGCCGCCUCCUCGGCCUAACCGGAUCUCACAGCGCCGCUCUGUCACACCAUCGCCGCACCACCAACUGCUUUUGCACCACCAACGGCUUUUGCAUCACCAACGCACCACCCUUAACCGGAGACACUCUCUGUCACACCACUGCUUCUCUUUCCUGUUUCAUCACUGCUGCUUCUCA